CGGUAUCCAGUAAGCAGGUGUUCCCUGAAAUAUUUAGAAAGUCAUCACAUUCUAGCAUUAGAGAAGAAUUUCCCAGAUGCUAUCUAUUGGUGUUCUUUAUGCGAUUUUCAUAUGUCAAACAUUCAACAUGUACGAACUCAUUUCGACACACAUCAACAUUUCCCCGAGGAGCAGGUACUUUUAAAUGGUCGAGGUCCGCUCUGGGAACAGCAUAUGGAAGUGUCAAAGAAUAUCAGUGACCUUCUGAGUCGUCAUGUGUUCGAAAAAUUAGGUCUUUCGAUGUGCUUGGUUCUGGGUGUCUAUCUUGACGACCAAGUUUUUCUCAUUAUAGGUGCUUCCGACGUUCAAUUUUCAACUGAAGUUCCUAUGAGCAUCAAAUUGACAGUGUCGGGUGUACGCGUACGGAUAUCAUGGAGAUGUGAGAAUGGUCUAAAAUACGGCAAAUUGCUUUCUGUAUACACAGCUAUUCGCCCUCAGUUUGCUAGCCUUUGCCGAGUUGUCAGAAAGUGGGCGGAGGUUUCUGGGAUCUAUUCCGUUGAUCGACGACAGGGUGGUCUCACAAGUUACGGUUUUGACUUGAUGGUACUGUACUUUCUUCUGCAGAAAAAUUUGCUACCGUGCUUACAUGAGGGCUUGGCAUAUGGAUCACCUACAGUCGCACAAAAUCGCAAAUUCUUACCACUUCCUUCUACUUUAGUUGCUUUUCAGUUGAAGAAGAUUGGCGUCCUCGAAAAACCAUGGGAUCUGGCUGAAUUGUACGUAGAAUUCUUGUGCUUCUAUGCAUCACGAAUCCAUCAAAACGAAAUAGUACAAGUCUACACUGCAAAGCAAGUCAGCAAAGACCGUAGCCGUUGGAAUAAAAAGUUACUGCAAAUUUCGGAUCCAUUCAGGACUGAUAAUGUGGUUACAUUCACUAAGGCAUAUCAGGUGUACUUCUUCAACUGCUUUCUUAAAUCAUUCCUGUAUUUUGCUAUUCCCCAGACCAUAAAUGGGCCACUUCUAGAUGUCACACUAUAUCAAAAGGUAGGAUUAACCGUGGCCAGAGAUGCAUGCAAAAUGACGAAAAUUAUCGUCCGACAGAUCGCGCAACAUCUGCAGCAAAUGGCCGAAGUUGAUAACGUAUACGCAAUAACUGGUGCUAAAGUGCCUAUUGUAAAAUUUAAUUGGACAAGGCUUGGCGUCGAAGGAGACAUCAGUUAUUAUAACGUGCUAGCCCUGUCGAACACGGAAAUGCUCAAACAGUACUGCUCUUGGGACUGUCGCGUUGCGCCCCUUGGUGUUUGGAUAAAACGGUGGGCGAAAUCUUGCGAUAUCGGUGAUGCGUCUCGUGGGUCCUUGUCCUCAUACGCGUUCAUCAUACUGCUCCUUCAUUACCUCCAAAAUUGUGACCCACCAGUCUUACCGCGCUUGCAAGAGGAUUUCCGAGAUGACAGUAUUCAGCCAGUUGUAGUGGAUAAUUGCGAUGUCUACUUCCAUCGUGAAGUGAUCCCUGAUUGGUCACAGAACCGACAGUCGGUUGGAGAACUAUUCGUCGGUUUCCUCGACUACUAUGCGCGAUUUGAUUUCGGAACGCAGGUCGUCCAAAUCCGACGCAAGAAGCCAUUGUUGAAGAUGGAAAAGGAUUGGAAUCGUUCGCUCUGCAUAGAAGAUCCGUUUGACCUCUGUCAUAAUUUGGGAUCAGGUGUUUCAAGGAAAAUGUUUGUAUUCAUCGUUCGCAACAUUCACAACUCUCGUAAGCUCUUCAUGCUAUCGGAUGUUCGAAGGGCAUUCCUCGAAGGCAGGAAAGUAGUGCUACUUAGAAAAUGCCAGAUGGGUCCAGCGCCUACUGAUCGUCAGUGUCGUAUUUGCCAUCGCAUAGGACACUUUGCAGAAGCUUGCCAGAAGUGA